AUGAGAAGCAAAGUAACCGUAGUAGGAGCCGGCAACGUGGGCGCUACUGCCGUUCAGCGAAUUCACCAGUUGGGCUACGCCGAUACCGUCCUGGUAGACGUAGUCGAAGACCUCCCCCAGGGAAAGGCCCUGGAUAUGCUGGAAUCGGGACCGGUCAUCGGAUCUGACGCCCAGGUGAUCGGCAGCAAUGAUUACGAGGCCACCGCUAAUUCCGACGUGGUGGUCAUCACGGCGGGAAUUGCGCGGCGUCCCGGUAUGAGUAGGGACGACCUCCUCUUGACCAACAUGAACAUCACCACGGCGGUAACCGAGCAGAACAUCCUCGAGUCCAGUGGUUUUCCCCGCAAUCGGGUGUUUGGAAUGGCGGGUGUGUUGGACACAGCCCGGUUCCGUACUUUUAUUGCCCAGGAAUUGAAUGUCUCCGUAGAGGACGUUCAGGCUUAUGUACUUGGCGGUCACGGCGAUGACAUGGUGCCUCUGGUCAGAUACACCACGGUAGGUGGAAUUCCUAUUAGCGAAAUGUUGUCCGAGGAAACCGUGGGAGCUCUGGUGCAGCGGACGCGCCAGGGUGGUGGCGAGAUUGUUGCCCUGCUCAAGGCAGGUAGCGCCUUCUACGCUCCCUCAGCCUCGAUAACCCAAAUGGUGGAGGCCAUUCUGCUGGACAAAAAGCGGAUUUUACCCGGCUGCGCUUAUCUGGAGGGCGAGUUCGGGAUCAAUGGGCUUUGCGUGGGAGUUCCCAUUAAGGUCGGCGCAGGCGGCAUGGAACAGGUAAUCGAGAUCAAGCUCAUGGAUCACGAGCAGAAGGCUCUCGAGGCUUCUGCGGCCAGCGUCCAGGAGUUGGUCGAAAAAGUGGCUGGACGGAGCUCGCGAGAAAGGGAACUCUUGGACAAGGCGGCCCGGUACCUGCCCGGGGGUGGGUCGGGCAACACCAAUUUUCCGGAAUCGGUGAAUUUUCUGGCCCGUGAAGGCAGGGGCUCCCACAUUUGGGACGUUAGCGGAAACGAAUACGUAGACUGGUUGAUGGGUUCAGGGCCAAUGGUCCUCGGCCAUGCCCACCCCGCCGUAGUAGAAGCAGUCAUUGAAGCUGUAGGGCAGGGCAGUACCUUCUUCACUACCAAUGAAAAGGCCGUUUUGCUGGCUGAGGAACUUGUUAACUCUGUCCCAUGCGCGGACAAGGUACGAUUCACCACCAGCGGGACUGAUGCAUGCUUUCAAUGUAUGCGGGCGGCCAGGGCUUAUCGGAAACGCGAAAAAGUGUUGAAAUUCGAAGGCGGAUUCCACGGCACAAGCGACUAUGCGCUGAUGAGCGUAACACCUUCCUCCGCGGAGGAGUUUCCCCAAGCCGUGCCAAAUAGCGGAGGUAUUCCCAAGGCCAUUCAGGACUUGAUGCUUGUAGCGCCCUACAAUGACCUGGACACCACGGCCACCAUCAUUGAAGCGCACCAUGACGAGUUGGCUGCCGUUAUUGUCGAACCGGUCCAACGGAUCAUCUCACCCAAGUCCGGAUUCCUGCAAGGGUUGAGAGAGCUGACCAAACGAUACGAUAUUCGCCUGAUCUUCGACGAAGUCGUACCGGAUUCCGGUUGGAAUACGGCGGGGCACAGGUAUAUUACGGGGUCACUCCUGACCUCUGCUCCAUGGGUAAAAUCAUGGGCGGCGGUUAUCCGCUGGCCGCAGUGA